CGCGGAGCAGCGCGCAGCGGUCUCACUCACUUUUCAAUUUGCCACUUCGAGCUCAGUACCAUGCGCACCACUGCCCUCCUCGCCUUUGCCGCCGUCGCCGCCGCCCACGGUGGCAACCACACGGAUGCCCCCGCCGCCGCGUGCACGGAAGCCCAGACCGCCAACGUCACCAAGUGGUUCACGGCGCCGAUUGAGCCCGGCUGCACGGCCGCGCUUGCGACGAUCAAGUCGCCGCUCCAGCUUAUCGCCAACAUCACGGACGCCGACCUUCUCAAGGUCUGCGGCAACAAGGCUUGCAUGACGUACAUCCACGCUGGUAUCGACUCGCUCCCCAACUGCGUCGCGACGGUCGGCGCCACGUCUGGCAACGCCAACGCCGCCCUCGACGCCGCCCACGACAAGUGCCACGACCUUAUGAAGUCGGGCGACAGCCACUCGUCGGGCUCCAAGUCCACGGGCGCGCCCGCGAUCACGACGGUGCCCGGUGCUGCCGGCAACAAGACGACGCCUGCCCCGACGGCGCCGUCGGCCGCUGCCGCCACGACGCUCUCGGUUGUUGCCAUGACAGCCGUCGCUGCUGCUAUGAUGCAGUAAAAUACUACUACUACUUCUACUAACUUAGACAAUGCUAGUACGCGUUUGUAUGUUUCUCUA